CGUCCCUCUUCCUCUUUUUCUUCCUCUUCUCCGCCUCUCAAACCAGAACUGCUAACAUGGACGGAACCUGGCUGGCAUCGACCUGACCAUGAUCCUCCCUCCUCUCACCUGCGGGUCGAACCAGCUGACACAUCCAGUGAAGGCCAUUCAGGAGGCAUGACGGAUGAGAAAUGUCCCCAGCUGGUGGACUACUUCGUGGUGGCGGGCCUGGACCCCGCCGGGCCCUGGAGGUCCCUGGACGAAGACGGCCGGGCCUCCUCCUCCUCCUCUUCUUCACCGGCGGCAGCGGCGGCGGCGGUCCGGGCGGCGGAGCCAGUGACGGACCUGGCGGUGAUCGCUCGCGGUCUGGGGGAGGAAGUGCCGGAAGGUUUCACCUGCAUAGAGAAGACCCUGGGGGGCCACUCGGCCGAGCUGAGCGCCGGCCUCAUCAACAACCCACACCUCUACCUGUGCUACCGCCGGGGGCGGGACAAACCACCGGUCCUGGACCUGGGGGUUCUGUAUGAGGGUAAGGAGAAGCCGAAGCAGGGCUGGUACGUCAUCGAGACCACGCCCUACAGCCGCUCGGCCAGCCUGAGCUCUGGCGGCGCCCCCACGGCCCACCGGGUCUUCCUCAUGUACCGCCGGGCCCUGGACUCGCAGGGCCUGCACACGCUAGGCGUCACCGACAUCGCCCUGCUGAUGCCCGGCAAGGGGGAGGUGGCGCCGCACACAUUCUGUCGGGUUGACAAGAACCUCAACACGGGCAUGUGGGGUCCAGCUCUGCACGUGUGCUACAAGAGAGCCGUGGCCAAAGCCAACGCCCUGGUGUUCGAAGCCGGUCUGAUCAGCCGGUAUCCAGAGGAGGACCUGGAGGCGUUCCCUCUUCCCGAGUCGGUGCCGGUCUUCUGUCUGCCGAUGGGCGUCACGGUGGAGAGCUGGCCGCUGAACUCCAAGUACCAGCUGCCCGUCUUUUCCACCUUUGUCCUCACGUCUGCCUCCGGAGACAAGGUCUACGGCGCUGCCAUCCAGUUCUACGAGUCGUUUUCCAGGGAUCUUCUGUCCGAGCGGCAGAACGUCCGGCUCGGCCUGCUCAGCGUGGUGGACCGCCGGCCCAUCACCAGCCGCAGUCUCCACGCCAAGAAGAGCAUCUGCGUCCUGUCCCACUGGCCCUUCUUCACCGUCUUCCAGAAGUUCCUCACUUUCAUCUACAGAUACUCCAUCUCCGGGCCGCACGUCCUGCCGCUCGAGAAACACAUCUCCAGCUUCAUGCACAACGUUCCGUUCCCUUCCCCUCAGCGUCCGCGGAUCCUCGUUCAGCUCUCUCCGUACGACAACCUGCUGCUCUGCCAGCCGGUCUCCUCCCCACUCCCACUCAGCGGUGCGAGCUUCCUGAAGCUGCUCCAGAACCUGGGUCCAGAGAACUCCUGCACACUGCUGCUUGCCGUCCUCACCGAACACAAGCUGCUGCUGCACUCGCUGCGACCCGACGUCCUGACCUCCGUCAGCGAGGCCCUCGUCUCUAUGACCUUCCCGCUGCGCUGGCUCUGCCCCUACAUCCCUCUGUGCCCGCUGCAGAUGGCCGACGUGCUGCUGGCGCCCAUGCCUUUCAUCGUUGGCGUUCACUCCAGCUACUUUGACCUCUACGACCCCCCGCCAGAGGUCGUCUGCGUCGACCUGGACACCAACACCGUCUUCCAGUCAGAGGAUAAGAAGCCGUUGUCGUGGCGAUCGCUACCCAGGAAGCACGGAAAGACGCUGUUCAUCACGCUGACCAACCUGCACCGGACCCUGGAGAAGAUCUGCAGCCCCGGCCAGGAGGAGGCGACGCUGGAGUUCCUGCUCACCGACUACGACCAGAUCUACCGGCGGCAGAAGCAGCUGGAGCUGGAGAUCCAGGAGGCCUUCCUGCGCUUCAUGAGCUGCCUGCUGCGGGGUUACCGCGCCUUCCUGCUGCCCAUCACGCAGGCGCCGUCCGACACCACCACUGACUGCAGCUCCCUGUUCAACCUGCAGGGCUUCCUGAAGUCUCGGGACCGGAGCCAGCAGAAGCUGUACGCCCAGAUGAGCCGGACCCAGAUGUUCACCCAGUUCAUCGAGGAAUGCUCCUUCGUCAGUGACCGCCACGCCUGCCUCGAGUUUUUCGACGAGUGCGUCCAGAAGGUGGACGUGGAGAAGCCGGAGGAGGUGCGGCUGAUCGACCUGGACGAGAACGGCGGCGGCGAACACACCGUCUUCAUCAUGCCGCCCGAGGAGCCGCAGGAGGCCGAUGGCGCCGAGUGCCCCGCCCGCUACAGCUACGAGACGUUCCCCAGGCUGACGGCGGAGCUGUUCGACCGACCGCAGGACCCGCUGCGCGCCCCGACCAGAGGCAGCGCCCCCAGCAGCCCUGCCCCCCGCCGCACCAAGCAGGAGAUCAAGGUGGCCCAGAAGCGGGCCCAGAAGUACUCGGCGGUUCCGGACAUGUGGUCCAAAUGCCUGCUGGGUCACUGCUACGGCCUGUGGUUCAUCUACCUGCCCACCUUCGUCCGGGCCGAAGGCUCCAAGGUCCGCGCCCUGCACUCCGCCCACGACGUCCUCCGGCACAUGGAGACCCGCAAGGUGGUGCUGCCCGACGAGGUGUGUUACCGCAUCCUGAUGCAGCUCUGCGGUCAGUACGGCCAGCCGGUCCUCGCCGUCAGAGUCCUGCUGGAGAUGAAGAAGGCCGGGAUCACGCCCAACACCAUCACCUACGGAUACUACAACAAGGCUGUGCUGGAGUGUAAGUGGCCCUCGACCAAUCAGGGCGGCCGUCUCCGCUGGGCUAAGCUACGGAACGUUCUAUUGGCCGUGGCUCAGUUCAGGCAGCCAAUCAAACGGCGGCGGAAGAGUGGUUCUGUGGGCUCCAGAGGAGCCAUGAUGGAGCUCGAUCAGAAGCCCCGCCCACAGUCCGCUCUGAUUCGUCAGUCCAGCUGGAGCGGCCUGAGCGAAAGCUCGAGUCACGAGUCUCUGACCGGGUCGCUGGUGAAGAGCUCCAGCCUGAGCAGCAUGAAGACGCCCACAGUCAGUGAGCUCAAAGUCUGUAAGAAGUCCCCCGUCCUCCACGGUUCCGGGACAAACGGGGACACGGUCCAACGGAAGCCCCCGCUGGGACGGAGAGAAGCCUCCGCUCCGCCUGCAGCGCCCCCUGGGGGAGUCGUGGUGCGGCGCAGUCAGGUCUGCCUUUCCACCUUCUACACCGAGUCGGAGCUGGACUGCAGAUGUGAACCGAGGCUCAGCAGAUCCGACAGAUCCGGGAGCUCUGGUGGAAAGAACAAGGCCAGAACCGUAGACGAGAACUCCAACCACGUGUCGUCCCCGAGCCGAGGAGGCCUGGCAGGGAAACUGCAGCAGCUCCUCACACCGACCAAAAACCGAGCGUCGGUCCGGCGCGCCGCCAGCGUGGAAAACCGCCGGUCCGGAGGAGGGAUUGGUCGGAAAGUGUCAGAUCAGAGGCAGUCCAGGAAGUCCCAGGGGCCUGAAAGUUUGCUAAAGGCAAAGGAGCGGCUGGUGAACGCCACAUCAGAGAGCUCACUGUCGGUAGGAAGUGACCUGGACCUGUCGGACACGCCCACCACGGUGUAUCCUCUGCGCAAGUCGUGGGACGCCAACCAGGAGGGGGCGGGAAUCGAGGUUCUGAUGUCCAGCUGCUCGCUGUGCCGCAGCUGCAACUCUCUGGUGUACGACGAGGAGAUCAUGGCGGGCUGGACCUCGGACGACUCCAACCUGAACUCGUCCUGCCCGUUCUGCGCCGCCUCCUUCGUCCCGUUCCUGAACGCAGAGAUCUGCGACCCGGGGCCUGUCAGCAGCGCGGAGCGCUCCACCAUGAACCUGGAGGACGAGGUGGAGAGCGCCGUGAGGCCCCCUAGUGGUCACGAGGCGUCCCAGCGGCCCCAGUGCAACGGACUGAGCGACGACUCCAGCUCUGAAACCAGCACCUACUCCGAGACCAGCAAGGCCACCACGGUGUCGUCGGUGGGAGGGACUCCUCAGGUGACGGUGGCCUACCUGAGCCCUCUGGUUCUGAGGAAGGAGCUGGAGAGUCUGCUGGAGAACGAGGGAGAGUCGGUUCUGGCCCAGCCUCAGUUUCUGGACAGCCACUCCAUCAUCUUCUGGAACCUGGUCUGGUACUUCCAGCGGCUCGGCCUGCCCAGCAACCUGCUGCAGCUGGUCCGGAGCUCGCCGCUGGUCAGCCACUUCACUCAGUCGGAGAACUCUGCGGUGAGGGUCCGGCUCCUCUGGGACACGCUGAGCCCCGACACCGACCAGUGGCCGCCGCUCUAUGUCCUCUGGAGGAUCCACAGUGGCGCCCUGAUGAGGAGCUACAGCUGGAGGCGGCACAACCACCCGUUCACAUUGUCCUUCCUGGAGGAGGUUCUGCGCUGGGUGGGCAUGAACGAGGUGCACAAGGCCAUCACGCUCUUCCUGGACACCCUGGAGAAGCAGCCCGGGUCGCCACAGACCCAGAGGAGUCUCUACCGGGAGAUGCUGUUCCUGACGCUGGCGGCGAUGGGAAAAGACCACGUCGCUGCAUUCGAUAAGAAGUACAAGACGGCGUUCCUGCGCCUCAGCAGCUCCCUGGGCCGGGACCAGCUCCGCAGGAAGCGGGCCCAGCCUCCCAGCACCAAAGCCGUCGACUGCAGACGCAGCUUCCACCCGCCGCUGGAGUGCUGAGCGGUUCCGGACCGGACCGCACCACCGGCAACCAACACCCGCUUCGCCUCUCUGCUGCCCCCUGGUGGAGGGCACAGCAUCCUAUUUCCUACCAACCUCUAUGGAUCCCGAAGCAACCGGCGCGACCGGAUCGGACCGGACUGCGGAGCUGCUCUGUAGUCAGAGGAAGGCGCAUUGUCAUCAGCGGGAACCCAGAACCGAACCGGAUAUUCCCCUGGGAAUCCGCUUCCUGAACUGGAACGUUGUGGAUGAGACUGAAAAACGGAUCUGACCCGUUUUAACUCCUCAGAACCGGUUCUAUUGACCAGAAACUCAGCGAUGCAUCCAGGGUUCUGCUUUCCAACCAGCUGGGAUUCACUCCAAAGUCCAGUCGGUUCAAAUGUCCCGAUCAGGCUAGACGGGUCAGAAUGGAUCAGAACCACCUGGGAUGAGAGGCAGAACGAUUCAGAGGCAAAAUGAUAGAAAAUGUAAAAUAUCAGAGUUUUGAUUGGUUUAAUACCCGCCAGAACCAGGUCAGAACCAGGUCAGAACCAGGCC